AUGGAGUUCCACCCCCAGGGCAAACGCCCCGUCUCCAUUCUCAUUACAGCUCUGCCCCAGAAGGGGCUUGUCCGGAGACAGGCCAAGGUCAUUGUCUCUUGGGACAGCUCCCAGCCCGACAACAGCAGCAGGACGCCGCCGCCGCAGCAGCAGCAGCAGCAGCAGCAGCGCAGAAGCAGCAAAGGGCCCAGCGAGCCGUCCGAGGCCUCCCGCAGGAGCCCCCGAGGGCUGCCGGAGCCGCACAACAGGCCUACGAGCUUCCCGUCGGCCGCAAGCUCUGGAAUCCAGCAGCAGCAGCAGCAGCAGCUGCUGCAGCAGCAGCAGCUGCUGCUGCAGCAGCAGCAGCUGCUGCUGCAGCGGAAGCAGUCGGAAGCACCCUCGGUGGCGGGGUCGCCGACGGCGUACACGGGGAGCCGCAAAGUCUCGCUGCAAAUGCAGAGCGGGGAGCGAGAAGGGGGAGAAAAUUUGCCUGUCUCCGCAGAAGCAGCAGCGCAGCAAGAAGGCAACCAGAGACUCUCGAGGGGCCUCGGCAACACGUGGCAGCUUUCUGAAGAAGAGACCCCGGGGGAGUCCACAGUGGGGCUCACGUGGUCAGGGCCCGUGGACAUUGACAGUGCGCGGCUGGUGCAGGUGAGGCACCCGCAGGAGGUGAAGACGCCCGAGGUGGCGGGAGGCUUUGCUGCAGGGCCUGCAGGGAGGCCCCUGGGGCGUUCGGGCAGCAGCAGCAGCAGCAGCAGCAGCGCCUUCUGCCUCACGGAGGUGGAGGUUUGCCUCUAUUCCGGGGCCAAGUUCGUCCGCCUCCGAGAGCCCCCCAUCCCGGACUUCGUCUUAAUCAACAAAACUUCCUUUCCACUUUUCGUCGGACAACACGGAGUCCCCGCCUCCGAAGUUGUGCUUCCAGUGCCCCGCCAACACUUGAAGAAAAGCUACGAGUUUCUGGGCAGGUACGGCCUGCCUUUUGCCUUCUAUGACCCCACAAAGGAGAAGAAACUCGAAGUCUGGAGAAUGUCUGCAGCGCCACCUGUUGGCCACCGACUCUCUGGCCGGCUUUCUCACCUGCACUCGCGGCUGCGCAGCAGCAGCAGACAAGGCAGCACAGCAAGGGCCUUCAACUCCAUAGUGACAGUGGGGGGCCCCCCUGCGGGAAGCGGGGCUGGCCCGCACACCUUCGGGGGGGGCCCCGCGGGGUCGCUGCAAAGCGCCCACGGCGGGCGGGGACCCGUGAACCCCUCGCUUGCUGCUGCUGCUGCUGCUGCUGCUGCUGCUGAGGACAUGGCCCUCAGAGUCGACGGGGCCACUCUGCGGCGCAUCAGACGCGAAUAUGCAGAAAGCAUUAGUUUGAAGGCUUCCCACGGACAGCAGGGCCUCAUUCGCCUCGUGCUGCAAAGCAGUUCCGGCCCAGUCCUUCCGGGGGGCCCUCCGCCCCCAGUGGACCGGGUGGUGGUCUGCGUGAGGAGACCAGUGGUCAAGGGCAGCACUUACUUGGUCUUUUUCGAGGCCAGCCGGGCCUCCCCGGAGCUCCAAAGGGGACAGUCUAGAGGCCUUCUCGGGGGCGUGGGCCACGUAGUGGAACAAAUACCCUGGGUGGAGAAGCCUGAGACUCUUCUUAACUUGG